GAAAAGGAAUGGCUGCGCCCAUUGAGGAAGUGCUUCGCACGUUUGAACUUCACUAACAUUUGUGUUAUUUCAGUCAUUGUAUCAAAUUACUUCGGCGUUCUGGUUCUACAAACAAUAUGCCAAUCCGGUAUGUUGGACGACAGCCCUUCUUUCGUGGGAAGACUCUGCACGAAAUAGCUAGAAAUUUGAAAAACCUUGGCGUUGGACGAGUUGUUGCUCGAAGCAACUUGCUCCGUUAUCCAGAAAAAAGUUUUUAUCGGUUGACAAAAGUAAUUCCAGAUAUGACCGAUGCUACUCUGCGUCAGUGCACUGCGUGGGGCCUGAAGACAUUUCGAGGCGAAGAACUGGGCGAGUUUCGUAUCGACUCUGGCCACAAAGCUGACUGGAUUCUGAUUCCUAAAGACGAAGAGGAAUCCUUCUGUACAAUAGACGCUAAACACGAGAAGAAGUCGGACAUUCCGCAGUUCGUACAGUUCCCGCCUCUCCUUAAGGCGCUGGUUCAACAGGAGAUGGAAGCCCAAGGGCAGGACUCGUCCAAACCUAUGAAGCUACCGAUUAAUAUCCACAAAGGAGUCGUCAGUCGAAUUAAACAAGCUGAAGAUAAACUGUAAUAAAGCUAGAGCUAUUCCAGAGAUUAAUUUGUGUGUGUGAGAAGUUUGAAGUGUGGUGGUGGUCACAGGUUUUGGUAAUAUAAAACAUCCAUGAAAUAAAAUAACAUCAUUUUAUAUUAUCUGUGUUACAAACAGUUUUAACAGGUGCUCCACCUGUGAACAGAAGUUUUGUUCAUUUGUCUCUUUCCCCUCCAAUUGCACCAUCUUCAUUUGAUUAUCUCUGGUAUAUCUCUAGUAUUAAUGUAUUGAGGUGACAGUAUUGGUUUAUUUUAUAGAAGAACUAAGAAAUACUAAUGACAUUAUGUGUGUAGUUUUAACUGUUGACUAUUAAAAAAACAUUAAUCAGA